AACAUUCUAAAGCUGAUAAAGCCACAGACAUUGAAAGUCUGUUGUGCAUUUCGAGAAGCUUAUUCUCAUGUUUCCUGCAUUCUCCACUCACACUUAAGUUCAUUCUCUCACUUAGAUCCUUCUUCAGUUUAGAAAACUUCCACCAUGGCGCUGAAUCACACUAUGACAGGGUCGAUGGAGGCAGCGUUUUUCGAGAUGGACUGGAAGAGACUGUGGGAUGAAUUUGCAAAGGGAAUGCUGCGACCUAUCCUAGCGCUGGCAGUCGUGGGGGUAGCUGUCGUUGUGUCAUACUCGCAGAGACUUGGGAUUGAGCGCGAGAUGGCGUAUUCUGUAGCGAGAGCUUUCCUUCAGCUCUCGAUCAUUGGCUUUGUCCUAGAAUUUAUUUUCACACAAACAAACGUGCUAUGGAUCCUCUUAGCUUAUUGCAUAAUGGUGACCGUUGCUGGGUAUACAGCCGGCAAGAGGGCGGUGCAUGUAUCUAAUGGCGGGUGGGUUUCAGGAGCUUCGAUUUUGGGGGGGACGGGUUUGACGAUGGGGCUGCUUAUCGCAUUGCGGGUAUUUCCCUUCACUCCGAGGUACAUCAUCCCAGUGGCGGGCAUGAUGGUAGGAAACGCCAUGACGGUCACGGGCGUGACGUUGAAGAGGAUGCGCGAGGACAUGCGAUUGCAGCAGGGGCUGAUUGAGACCGCGCUCGCACUUGGGGCAACGCCGAGACAAGCGGCUCUGAAGCAAGUGCGGCGCGCCUUAGUGGUUGGUCUUUCCCCCGUUCUCGACAACACCAAGACCGUGGGGUUGAUUUCUCUCCCGGGCGCCAUGACAGGGCUCAUAAUGGGCGGAGCCUCUCCAAUGGAGGCAAUCCAGCUGCAAAUUGUCGUCAUGAACAUGCUUCUCGGCGCUGCGACAUUCAGCGGCGUACUGGCGACCUAUUUGAGUUGGCCUUUCUUCUUCACUAAAACGUAUCAGCUCGAGUCCAGAGUGUUUGCCGCUUCUGAUUGGUAGUGCAAUGCACAUCAACGCGAUCAGACACUGGCUUCUUUCUUUCGGACUCAUGUUUGUCGGAACAUCUCGUUAGCAUGUGCGAUAGGUCUUCCCUGCAUCAGCUUGUAAUAUCAAUCCUGUCUACGGCGGCAGUCUGUAAGCGGAUUCCUCCCACAAGAGCCCUCAGUUUUCAAGUUGAGAUUCUUUCUGCUUACUGAGGGAAGAAUCGUUGCAUGUUUCAACUGAAGCAGGCCUUGAUUGCUGCUCUCUUCAGACUAAUAGCGUUAAGGUAGUUCCACACACACACACACUCACAGGGAGUUCCAUCAUCGGAAACACAAAUAAAAUUCAAAGGUUUCCAUGCUCUGGGUAACUUAGUUGCCGAUUUGGAAUCACGCUACUUUUGCAACAUGAACAUGUGAUCGCCUUCGGGUUCCCAUAUAGAUA